AUGUCGACACCAUUCCGCGGCCGGUACAGCCCGGCCUCCAGAGGAGGUGGUGGUAACAACAGCGGCGGCGGCGGACGCGGCGGCAGCGGCGAGUACCGCGGGCGCGGCGGUGCAGGCGGUGCACGUGGAAAUUACCCCCGUGGCGGCAACCGUGGUGGCGGCGACCGGGGCGGCGGGUUCCAGCGCGGCGGCGGCCGCGGUGGUGCUGGCGGUGAGGGCGGCCGUGGUGGUGGGUUCUCGCGGGGUGGCUACGGCGGCUCUGGCGACCGGGAAGCGGCGCCCAAGAAGGAGAACAUCCUGGAUCUUGGCCAGUACAUGGACCGGGAGAUCUACGUCAAGUUCAAUGGCGGUCGCGAGGUGUCCGGUACGCUCAAGGGAUAUGACCCGUUGCUCAACAUGGUGCUCGACGACGCCCAGGAGAAGAUGCGCAAAGGUGAGAUCAAGUCCCGCUCGCUGGGCCUGGCCGUGAUCCGCGGUACACACAUCACGACGUUGCAUCCCGUCGACGGCAGCGAAAGCAUAAGCAACCCAUAUCUUGCUGCUGCCGAGUCGGCCGAGGGCGGUGCACCGGAGGGGACCCCGGCGAGUAAAAUUACGCCGGCAUACCAGUACACGCCCAAGGCGGAUGAGGAGGAAUCAGAUUGA